AUGGCUUUAAAUUUAGCAAUGAGCAGAAUAGUUCUAGUAUCACCCCAAAAAAAUCUAGAAGAAGAGAUUAUCAGAAAGAAAGCAAAACGAAUCUUGCAAAAUAGAUAUGGGUUUAGUGAGGAUCAAGUAAAUACCUUAUUCACAAUCCAGACAAAUGGACAAUGUGGAAGUACUUCUG